ACCGUCCGCCUUGAGUCUACCCAAAUACUACGAGAAAUGUCCAUUACAGAAGAAUCAGUGUGUGAAUUUACCUCCAGAUUAUCAAUGGAAUGGAAAUAUUUAUAUUUAGAUCACCGAGCACCACCGAUUAUUGGUUAUCUUCCGUUUGAAGUUCUAGGAACCUCUGGUUACGACUAUUAC